CAGGCCCCGCCCACACCCCCCCGCUCCCCCCCCCCUCCCCGCGGCGGGGCCAAGAUGGCGGCCGCCAUGGCGGCGCGGCUCUGCCUGAAGGGUGCCGAGUCGCUGCUGCGCCCCAGGGCCCUGCCCUGUGUGGUUGUGCCGGUGAGGGGCAGGAGGAAAUGGCCGCGGGUGCCCGAGUGGGCUCGGGAGCUGAGCGCUGAGGAGAAGGAAUGGCGGCUCCGAUCCGCGGCUCCGAUAUUCCCGGACGAGCGCAUGGAGCGCACUUUCUUCUUGGCUUGCACGGCUGAAAUCAUGGAUCCCUACGUCCCCCCCGAGGGCGAUGCCCGCCUGACCUCGCUGUCCAAGGACGGGGUGAAGCAGCAGAUGCAGAAGCUGAGGCAAACAGCGGCUUCUCAGCUGGCCCUGCGGAAGAUCAAGGAUCACGACCCAGAUUUCAGCACCAAAACCUUCCCUGAGAAAGCCCAGGAGAUAUUUAUUGAGGCUCACAAUUCCCUGGCAAACUUUAACAAGCAGAAGCUUCACUCCCUGGUGACCGAGCGCUGCUACCCCGACAUGGUGCGUGGGAACAGGUACAAAACCAUCCGGUGGAGGUUUGUGGAGUCCCUGGAGCCCCCCAGGGUGGUGCACGUGCGCUGCGAGGGCAUCCUGAACCGGGGCAACCUCUACGGGCAGGUGACGGUGAGGAUGCACAGCCGCCAGAUUUUGGCCAUCUAUGACCGCUUUGGGCGCCUCAUGUACGGUGGGGAGGAAAUUCCCAAGGAUGUUUUGGAAUAUGUUGUGUUUGAGAGGUACCUGGUGAACCCCUAUGGAACAUGGAGGAUGCACGGGAAGAUCAUCCCAGAGUGGGCCCCACCCAAGGAUCCCAUCAUUAAGACCGUGAUGAUUCCUGGCCCAGCCCCGGAUCCCUCACAGGAACACGAAACAGGGAAGUAGAAAGUUCUGGAACGUGGACAGGGACAGCAAACAGGCCAGGAGGGAGGAUUGGGAAUGUGUCAGACGUGGCUGUGCCUUCGGGAACGGGCUCCAGCCACUCUAAAUUUUGUCCUUCACAUUGAAGGGACAAAUCCUUCAAAAGGAGCGAGCCUCACCCUCGCUGGGUUUCCAUGAGGAUGAGGAGCCUCGGGAGCAUCCACAGGCCACCCUCUGUCCUGGAAUUCCAUGGGAGAGCCCUUGGGAUAUUUGUCAUCUCCAUGGGGAGUGUCACAGACCUGCUGCUCAGUCAUUAAAACUUCACCAGUG